AUUUAGUAUCUAAUUGAGGAAUUGGAAUUGCUCACGUGAGAAGUUGAUUUGUAGUUUGAACACGUGGCUCAUUCAAAAAGCCGGGCUAGUCAAGUGAUUUUUUGCUCUCGAAUGUAUUUGGAGGCGGUGCCGAGAUUAACAUAGUGUGACAUUUUCACAGUAUCUGCCAGGGGGUUCGGGGAAGACGAAAGUAGUUUUUCUCCUCCUUUUUUUCUUUUCUUUUUUUUUUUUUUUGCCAAGUCCGCCAUCCUUGGUAAAGGCUGUUCUAAAAUAUUUUAGGCUAAUUUAUUUUCCGGGAGAGAGAAAAAUAAAAAUAAAAAACGAACACUCUCAUGACAAUCUGAGAGUAUAAUACUGCUUUUUCUGCAAGGGUUGCAUUUCCCGUGCUAAACACAAUGAAUAAGCUUUAUAUCGGCAACUUGAGUGAAGACGCGAGCCCCGUGGAAUUGGAAAGACUCUUUAGGGAGUGGAAGAUACCUUUCAGUGGCCAGUUUCUUGUUAAAACUGGUUACGCGUUUGUAGAUUGCCCAGAUGAAAACUGGGCAAUGAAGGCCAUCGACACACUCUCAGGUAAAGUAGAACUCCAUGGAAAACUCCUAGAGGUGGAACACUCGGUCCCCAAAAGACAAAGGAGUCGCAAACUUCAGAUCAGGAACAUCCCACCACACCUGCAGUGGGAGGUGUUGGACAGCUUAUUAGCUCAGUAUGGCACAGUAGAAAACUGUGAACAAGUUAACACUGAGACGGAGACUGCAGUAGUGAAUGUUACAUACGGUGCCAAGGACCAGGCCAGGCAUGCAAUUGAGAAGCUCAACGGCUACCAGCUAGAGAACUACGAUCUGAAGGUGACCUACAUCCCAGACGAGAUGACCACGGCACAGUCCCCACAACAGCAGCCCCCACAGGGAGGCCGGCGGGGGUUUGGUCAGAGAGGUCCUCCGCGGCAAGGCUCCCCUGGUGCGGGUGCCCGGCCCAAAGAGCAGUCAGACGUGCCGCUGCGUGUGCUGGUUCCCACCCAGUUUGUAGGAGCCAUCAUUGGCAAGGAAGGAGCGACCAUUCGGAACAUCACAAAACAAACGCAAUCCAAGAUUGACAUCCAUCGGAAAGAGAAUGCUGGUGCGGCAGAGAAGCCGAUCACAAUCCACUCGACUCCAGAAGGAUGUUCCUCGGCUUGUAAAACACUCAUGGAGAUCAUGCAGAAAGAAGCUCAGGAUACUAAAUUCACUGAAGAAAUUCCUUUGAAGAUUUUAGCACACAACAACUUUGUUGGACGACUAAUAGGAAAAGAAGGCAAGAAUUUAAAGAAGAUUGAGCAGGACACAGACACCAAAAUCACCAUCUCACCCUUGCAGGAUCUAACCCUUUAUAAUCCAGAGAGGACCAUCACAGUCAAGGGCAGUAUUGAAGCCUGUGCCAAGGCUGAAGAAGAAGUCAUGAACAAAAUCAGAGAAUCCUAUGAAAGUGACAUGGCUGCCAUGAAUCUUCAAUCGCAUUUAAUCCCUGGGAUAAACCUGAAUGCCUUGGGUCUCUUUCCUCUCUCGUCUCCUGGGAUGCCACCCUCUCCAAUGAGCGCUGCUCCCCCCUGUGGCGGAGCCUCCUAUCCUUCAUUUGGGCAGCCAGAGUCGGAGACGGUACAUUUGUUCAUCCCAGCCUUGGCUGUGGGAGCCCUCAUUGGCAAACAAGGGCAGCACAUCAAACAGCUCUCCCGCUUUGCAGGAGCAUCUAUCAAGAUUGCUCCAGCCGAAGGACCAGAGGCCAAGCAGAGAGUGGUGAUAAUCUCAGGACCACCAGAGGCACAGUUUAAGGCUCAAGGGAGAAUCUUUGGGAAACUAAAAGAAGAAAACUUCUUUGGACCCAAGGAGGAAGUAAAACUGGAGGCCCAUAUAAAAGUGCUAUCUCAUGCUGCUGGCAGAGUUAUAGGCAAAGGAGGCAAAACGGUGAAUGAGUUGCAAAACCUUACCAGUGCAGAAGUAGUUGUUCCCAGAGACCAGACCCCUGAUGAAAAUGAUGAAGUAAUAGUGAAAAUAACAGGUCAUUUCUAUGCAAGCCAGCUUGCCCAGCGAAAAAUUCAGGAAAUUUUGGCCCAGGUAAAAAGACAACAGCAGCAGAAAACAGUGCAGAGUGGACAGCCCCAACCAAGAAGAAAAUAAAGGAAAGAUUCAGGACCCAGGCCUAUCACAAAGACAGGUGCCCAACCAAAGAGAAAGCUUGACUGUGUUGCCAGCAGGGAGCACCACAAAUUCCUGACAGCUGCACUUGACAGAAUUCCCAUCUACUCAGUCACCUUUUAUUUAGGACCAGGCAAUCUUGGAACUCUGUCUCCUGAGAAUUGUGUAUUUUGGCUUUGAAAACUAUUUUUGAAACCCAGCUUUAAAAGAAAGAAAUUGACCCUUGCUUCCCUUUUUGUUCUAUUUUCACCACUUCACAAAAUGUUUUAUUAGACCUUGGUUUAAUGAAGCUUUCUCUCUGAUUUCACUGGUUAUUAUAAAGGCAUGGCUCUUCUAAUUAAUUUGAUGUCGUGGGGGGUGGUGGGAGUAGGAUUUGGAUGGGGUUUUGUUUAGGCAAGGGACAGGGGCACAGGAAAGAAAUAUUAAUGUGGCAUUUUAUAAAUUUGGAUGCUUUUAUAGAAAACACUGCCAUAUUAGGGAAGUGUUGAAUGGUGUUGGCCAGGAUAUGAAAUUUGAAUAUGCAUUUUACUGAACUACCUCAGGCAUAUAGUACCUCGGCAAAAAAAAAAACAACUUCCUUCUGGUAUUUUGUAUACUUUAUAAAGCUAUUGUUUCUUGAACAUUUUUUUUUAAUUUUUUUUUUUUUAAUAAAAGGAGAAAUUAAUUUUAAUCGGCUAUCAACCAGGAGUGCCUUUUGACAUUAUAUAUAAAAAAUGUGUGAGGAAACAAUUGUGGUACUCCUUGCUGAUGGGAGUACUUAAAUACAGUAAUAAAAAUUGCCUCGGUUUUCCUGAGGUCAUCGGCACCAUCAUAGUGAAGACGUACAACUAAUAUUAUGAAAGAUGUCGACAUAAUGCCAACAUUACAAAAAGCAGCAAUGCCAUUUUAUUUUGGGGGAUAUAUGAAAUUUAGAAAUUUGACGGUACAAUUAUUUUUUCUUGGAGGGGGUGACUGACAAGACUAGACAAUGAAGUGAAUGGGGGAGGCUGGGGUUUUUAGACAUGUUUUGCUGUGCACUUUGCUUAACUGCAUGAACCCUCUGUGCCUUUGUCCAUCACUGCCUCCUUUUUAUAGAAAUAGAAGAAAAAAAUAAUGCAGCCCACCUGGACUUGGCCAAUUUGUUUGAAGAGCCAGCUUCAUGUUCCAUUGCUUGGUAGAAUAUUGAUCUGUUGUGUGCAUGACUAAGAUGGGACUAUAUGUCUAACAACAAUACAUUGUGUUUGUGUGGGGGAGGAUCAAUCUGCUUGAUCACACUGAAGAUGUUGAAACUAAAGGAUAAGUUUACAUAUCCAGCCACUGUAGGCGGCCACAGUAAGCCACUUGGAUGGUUUGGAGCUCAUUUUGAGGCCUUCUGCUUGGUUUACUACGGGUACAGCAGAGUUUAUGCACAUUCACAGACACAAAUGGUGAAUUCUGUAGAAUUUAAAGUGAGGGGGGGGUGGGAAAUAAAGGAAAAGGCAAGGAUUAAAGAGAAAGCUACUCAUUUUUUUUUUUGCAUAAUGUAAAUAUAAUUUGAUUGUUUAACUAUUAUGCAUUAUGCUUUUACAAUAUAACUUCUGUCUACCUCAACUUUCAAAUUGUGGCAGUGCAUAAAAACUGCUGUGUGGUCUUACCAGAGCCAUGCUAAUACCUCUGAACCUUUUUGAUGAUUUUGUGCAUGGGAUCAGAUGCUGCACUGAUUUUGAGGGGCACAAAUUUGCUUAACUAUUUCUUUCUCACCAUUUUUGAUCUACCUCUUAGACCUAUAUAUUGAAAUAGAGGCACUUCUACUUUUUAGAAUAUAUGAUAAUUUCUCAAAGAAUUUUGUACAGAUUAGACAUUUGAAAAGUCUGAAGUUUUGUUUUUGUCUGCAUUUUAUAUUUUACCAAUUGAUUUAAAAAACCUUAAACUUAUGAUGCAGCUUUAGCAAAAAAACAUGGUGCAGUGGCUUUCUUUGUGUAGUUUUAGGCAUUACUUUUCCUUUAUAGAUUUAAAAAAAAAAAUUGUUGGUCAAUAAAUGACAUUUUGAAUUCAGUUUAAAGGCUCGGUCAAAAGCCAAUCUUUGUUAACAUUGGAAGGAAAAAAAAAAGGUGUAUUCAUUUUUUUCAAACAGGUGCAGCAUUUGUAUCUGCUAAUUUUUAUUUCAAAUUGUUCUAUUUACAUUUCUAGGCUGUAUAGUGUGGUAAAUCAUGUUUUCUACAUGAGACUUGGAAAGUAAAAUGAGUGUUUGAUAUCGGCAAAGCAUGGAUCAUUUCUCCUGUACCGUGUCCCCAAUGCAGCUCCACUUGUCGAAUGCCUCUGAGUGAAAUAAAGAAUUUGCUCUGAA